GAAAAAUUGAAGAAAAAAAAUCCGAAGUGUUCGACCUCGACAAUUUUCGCUUUGCCGUCUCGAGACACCCUCGAAAACCGACCCCCCCUCCUCAAACCCACCAAAAAAUUGAAGAGAGCUCCCGCGUCGAGGCUUGAUUGUCGGAAUUCCAGAACCCCCCCCCCCUCUUCUCCCAGUCCGAGACAAGAAGACCGACUCUCAAAAUGGCCGCGAUCAACUACCUCCUCUACGAGGCGCCCAUGGGCUACGGUGUGUUCCACAUCGAGCACCAGCCCGACAGCAUUGGCCUGCGCCAGAAGGAGGCCCAGGAGUCCAUUGCCGACCUUGCCCGCUUCGGCAAGAUGGUCAAGCUUGUCAACUUCACCCCCUUUGACACCGGAAAGCAGGCAUUGGACGAGAUCAACCACAUCUCUGAGGGUCUCAUGUCGGACCACCUCAAGUCGGUCCUUGAGCUCAACCUCCCCCAGACGAGCGGCAAGAAGAGCAGAAUCACCGUUGCCGUGGCCGAGAAGAACCUGGCCUCCGUGAUCAAGUCCACCUUCCCCGGUGUCGACUGCGAAACCUCCGAGACCUCUGAGGUCGCCGGCGACCUCCUCCGUGGCGUCCGCCUGCACGCCGACCGCCUCCUCAAGGGCCUGCAGACGGGCGACUCGACCGCCGCCGGCCUCGGCCUGGGCCACUCGUACUCGCGCGCCAAGGUGAAGUUCAGCACCACCAAGAACGACAACCACGUCAUUCAGGCCAGCGCCACCGUCGAGUUCCAGGACAAGGGCGUCAACCAGUUCUUCAUGCGCGUGCGCGAGUGGUACGGCUGGCACUUCCCCGAGCUCGUCAAGAUUGUCUCGGACAACCUGACCUACGCCAAGCUCGUGCUCGCCAUCGGCGACAAGGCCACCCUCACCGACGACCGCCUGCACGACAUCGCCGCCCUCGUCGAGGAGGACGGCGAGAAGGCCCAGGCCAUUAUCGACGCCGCCAAGGUGUCCAUGGGCCUGACUAUCAUGCCCGCCGACCUCGAGAUCGUCAAGGGCUUCGCCGAGGCCGUCGUCGCCCAGGCCGAGGCCCGCCGCUCGACCGCCAACUACCUCGACAAGAAGAUGUCCAUCGUCGCGCCCAACCUGCAGACCCUCAUCGGCACCCCCGUCGCCGCCAAGCUCAUCUCGCACGCCGGCUCCCUGACGAACCUGUCAAAGUACCCGGCCUCGACGCUCCAGAUUCUCGGCGCCGAGAAGGCCCUCUUCCGCGCCCUCAAGACCAAGAGCAACACCCCCAAGUACGGUCUCAUCUACCACUCCAGCUUCAUCGGCAAGGCCGCCGUCAAGAACAAGGGCCGCAUCUCCCGCUACCUGGCCAACAAGUGCUCCAUCGCCUCCCGUAUCGACAACUACACCGAGAACCCCACCACUAAGUUUGGUGAGGCUCUGCGCCAGCAGGUCGAGGACCGCCUCGAGUUCUACGCCACCGGCAAGAAGCCUGCCAAGAACGCCGAUGUUAUGGCCUCCGUUCUGGAGCAGGUCGAGGGCGACAUCACGCUCGACGACGCCGAGAUGGUCGACGCCGUCGCGCCCGAGGUGAAGAAGGAGAAGAAGGAAAAGUCCAAGGACAAGAAGGAGAAGAAGGACAAGAAGGACAAGGAGAAGAAGCGCAAGCGCGAGUCCGACGUCGGCGGCGCCGCCGAGCCCGAAAAGGCUGACGGAGAAAAGAAGAAGAAGAAGAAGAAGUCCAAGGACGAGUAAAGGGAGGGAAAAAGGGCUUGCGGGGGGUGUGCGUGAUGGGGAUUGUCCUGUCUCGGGGCCACACUCACUCACCUCCCAAACCCCGUUUCUUCGCGCGCUCUGUCUGGCCAAACCUCUUUGUUCCAAAAUCUUCCGGAAUUUUUCCAUGUCUACUACUGUGUUGUAGGUUGGUCGGCACAUGGGGGGAAGGGAUUUCUCUGGGCAUCCGUCGGGCUCCUCUCCACUUGUCUUAUCCCUAGGAUCUUCUCCUGUUCUAUUUUUUCUUUUCCUUCUGUUUUUUUUCAACUGUCUGGGAGUUUUGUACGGGGAAAUGAAACCGGGCUUAUCGGAGUUUGGGCUGCACAAAAUGUUAACUGCAUCAUCAUAUCCCCCCAUGCUGUGUAUGUACACGUUGAAGAACAACCACCCAUACCCAACACUGCC